AUGGCCAUCACGUUUGGCUCCUUCGAUGGAGUGUGCAGCACGGCUGCUCUCGUCAUUUGUCCAUUGAUGGGCACCUCUGGAGAAGGCAUAGAGCCUACUUGCUACUCACGCAACGUUCAAAUCGGCCAGACCCUCAUCUUUCAGCCUUCUACAUGUUUUUUCCACAUCGUCGCAAUAAUCAUGACUGCAACUAUGAUCUACCGUAUUCGCUCAAAGUACACUGCAGUGGGACGAAAAGAGAUUGCGAUGUUCUUUUGGAUGUACGUGGUCAUCGAACUUCUCGCCAUGUUCCUAGACUCGGGAAUCAUUCCGACUUCAGACGUCAGCUAUCCUGUGAUAGCAGCUGCCUACUGCUGUCUGCUCAUCAACGGCUUCGUUGGAUUCCAAUUCGCUGAAGACGGGAUGCCUCUCUCUCUUUGGCUCCAUCCGAUAUGUUGUUUUGCCGUCUUCGGAGCAUCAUUCUUCAUCGCUAUCGCCACGUUCAAAUCUUUUGUUUCAUUCUCUCCAACGAAACCUAUCACGCUCUUCGUCAUUUACCUCAUCUGGCCCAUCCCGUGCCUCAUUCUUGUAUUCCGGACUCUUGACGACCGCUGGCCCCUCUGCGACAUCACCUUUGGAAUCUCGUUUUACGCGAUCGCUCAAGUUCUUCUGUUCGCUUUCAGCAUCACCAUUUGUGACGCUAUCAAGCAUUACUUGGAUGACCUGUUCUUCUUCAUUCUGUGCGUUUUGUUGAGCGUUAUGAUGGUCUACAAAUACUGGGACAGUAUCACGCGUGAAGACCUCGAGUCCUCUGUUGGAUCUGAAGCUGCGGUUUUGGAAGUCGAGGACCCACUUCUCACGGCUUCAGCCACAACUCCUGGCACAGACUACGAGGACGCAUCUGGAGCUGCGAGCAUUGUGGGCGGCGUUAGUGGUACACAGUAUUACGGCGGCAAGAAAGCAUAUGGUGCUCAGGGUGAUUACGGACCAGGAGGCUAUGGUGGCGCGCGAAGGGCUUAUCCACCAACAUCUGAAGGCUAUUGAGGACUUUGAAAAGGACUAUUACGCAAACGUAGAUAUGGACGACAGUGAAUUCACGGUACUUUCUACAGGUACUAGCUUUAAUUUACUCUCAUGAUCAGGAU